UCCCCGUGUGUCUGUCUCCAUCCCAGCGGACCUCCCUCCCCCUCCACCACCUGUCCACGAGUCCCCCGGCCUGCCGCCACCGCAAGGCUCCUUCCCUCCUCCGCCGCUGAUGAACUCCUACGAUUAUCAGAUAAAAGGACCUGAGAAGACCCUGGAAGAGCGGCGCUCCAGUCUGGAUGCAGAGAUCGACUCUCUCACCAGCAUCCUGGCAGACCUGGAGAACAGCUCUCCCAGCAAGCCGCGCAGCACGCAAAAUCCUGUUUCCUCACAGAGCUCCACCCCCAGUGCCCCAGUAACUGGGUAUAAACGGAUGAUUAUUCCACCUCAUCCACCUUUGACUGCCACCAAGAGGUCUACACCUAAACCCCAGGCUCCAGGAGGAGUGUCCUCUAUCCCACCAUCUUCUGCUAGCCCAAUGGCCAAACCCCAAUCCCAUAUGGCUCCCCAGCCCAUUCCAGCUUCGUACACCACUGCAUCAACCCCAAGUCAACCCACAUUUAACGUCCAGGUGAGAUCUGCCCAACCCGGCCCGCAGCAUCAAGCCCCAGCUGGGCAGCAUUUUGGCCAACAGCCGAUUCGCAGUCCCGCACAGGUGCAAUACAUGCCUGCCCAGCCCAAAGGUCCUGACUUUGCUUAUGGACCGCCGCAGCCUGGCUUCUCUCCAAUGAUGUAUCCAGAACAACAAUAUCUGGGAGCACCGCAAGGAGGUGGAUUGAGUACAGGAAGAUCUGACCCCGUCCUGAGUCAAGGCUACCAGCCUCCAGGCCCCAAGAAGACCUACAUCACAGAUGUUCCUCCAAGCUUAGCCCCAUUCACCUCUGGACCAAGUGUUCCACCAAAAGGUGGCGCUCCCCAGGCUCAUCCGGAAGAUGAACUGGAGCGCCUGACCAAGAAGAUGCUGUUUGACAUGGACAACCCACCAUCUGAGGAGUAUUUUGGGCGCUGUGCCAGCUGUGGGGAGAACGUGGUGGGCGAAGGCACCGGCUGCACCGCCAUGGACCAGGUCUUCCACGUGAGCUGCUUCAUCUGUGUGACCUGUGGCACCAAGCUGCGUGGCAAGCCCUUCUACGCUGUGGAGAAGAAGGCGUUCUGCGAGCCAUGUUACAUUAAAACGCUGGAGACCUGCAGCAUCUGCAGUAAGCCCAUCAUGGAGCGCAUCCUGAGGGCCACAGGAAAGGCCUACCACCCUCACUGCUUCAUCUGCGUGGUGUGUCACCGCAGCCUGGACGGCAUUCCUUUCACCGUGGACGCCUCCAACCAAAUCCACUGCAUCGAGGACUUCCACAAGAAGUUUGCCCCCCGCUGCUGUGUGUGCUCUGAGCCCAUAAUGCCUGCGCCGGGUCAGGAGGAGACCGUUCGCAUCGUGGCCCUGGACCGUGACUUCCACGUGCAGUGUUACCGCUGCGAGGACUGUGGCACUCUGCUCUCGGAGGGAGACAACCAGGGCUGCUACCCCCUGGACGGACACGUCCUCUGCAAAAACUGUAACACCAGCCGCAUCCAGGCCCUCACCGCCAAGGCCACCACAGACCUCUGAACAGCCGGCCGGCCAGUCACCUCCACUGUACCCUCCAGCACACGCUCCCAAACAUACUACCGUCUGUAAUCCCACAAUUAUCCAUCCGUAGUGCAUUUUCAGUUACGGGAAAAAGCUUCACAGUUUCACCUGCACACAUGUAGUCGGUACAUUUUCUGUAGAAGGAAUGGGCUUCAUGGAUGUUCAGCAGAUUGUUUUAUAGUAGCAUGCAGCCUUACACUGCUAUACAAAGUAAUUUUAUGGUAAUUGUACCGAUAGAUCUAUCACUUUCCCUCAUUCAACACGUCAGAGAGCGGACGGACUGUCAGCAGUUUGUCUGAAAACACAAUAUGGCACGGCUAUGCAAUUUUCAAAGGUAAUUGCAUCGACACUUUAUGAGAAAUUUUAUAAAUAAGGAAAUAUUUUAGCUGUACAUAUUCAAGUGUAGGUGCUUUAUCUAGCAACAAUGCUGUUGGUACUGUGUGACUUUUUGUGUCCAUGUGCUGUUUGUCUCUCGUCUCUGAUGUUCAGUGUUUGAGGUUGUUGGGAAAAGAAGGGACCUUUUUUUUUUAAAGUUCUUGAUAAGCAGAUUUGGGCGACGGUUCAGACCCGGGACUGCAGCAGAGGGCGUCUGACGAGAGGUAAAGGUACACUGUGGAGACUUUUGUCACUCUUUCCAUCCAGUCUGCUGAACCACAUGUGCAUGAUUCUGAAUCCGACGCACACAUCUGCAUUUAACCAAACGAUGCCCAGGUUUUUCCAGAGGGAAGCAUAUGCAAAACAACUGUGGAAAUAUAUAUGCAAGAUAGCAAUACACAUUUUAAAUGAGAUAAAAGCUCAUUUAAGAACACAGAACAAGAGGAAAAGUCCUGAAUUUAAAAUAAAAGGAGCUGCAAACAUUUACAGAAUUGGUUUAACAGGAAAUACACAGAAAAAGAGACAAGUGUUUUCCUUUCAACAGGACAAAAAAAACUGUAGAGGCAAGAAAAUAUAAAUACAUUACAACAAAACUUGAGUCAUCCUGCGCUCAGCACGCAGCAAAAGCUGCAGGAUUAAAGAACAAAAACAGUCGUUUUUCCAGAUCAACUCAACACGUUCGCCUCAUGAUGAAAAGCUGUGAAGCAGAACGUCCCUUUGUUUACAUAAAAGAUCCUCCACAGGGUACCUUUAACCACCAGAGUGUGUAAUGAAUAUGUAAUAGCUGGUGACACUCUCACACUUCAUCAGCUGGGUUAGUUUGCGUUCUUACAGGAAGCAAACAGACGCUUUGCUUUUUUUCUUCCUAUUUGCUUUAAUAUGAUGGAAGCUGGUCAUCGUUAUUAUUCUGUCUUUACUGUUUCCCCCUUACACAUCAAAGUUGGGAGGCUAAAAAGACACGUCUGCUGACAAGCAACAACCUUUCCAGGCUGUGGUUGAUGCCGGGUUGUUACCAUGGAAACUGUUUAUACAGUUCUUUUGUGGAGAAGCUCUUUAAAAGCUUUCCACUUUCAAAUUGGUCGCAUUAUAGAACCUAAACUCUUCAACGAUGAUUUUUUCUCUCCAGUUUUUUCAGACGCACUCCGCAGAAACGGGCCCUCUUUUCGGCCAUUCCAGUGUUAAAGCCCAGACGUCCACGAUUCUACUUUUGUGACAUCAAGAUUUCGACUUCUUUAAAUCACUUUUUGUAGCCGUGAAUAGAAAAAUGUAGUUAAAGAGUCACCGAGUGCCUUGGAUUAAAAAGUGAGCUGUUGAACAGUGAUGUCGACCAAGUGCUAAACGAGUCGAUCCUUUAUGUUUUGACUCCUUCAGCAGGUUUUCUGCAGAGUGUUUCCCUCCCAAUGCCAUCAUCUAUAAGCACACGUGGUACGGCUUCAUGCCGUUUCCAGUCUGACAUGAUUAAAAAAAAAAAAGCUUGAUGCUAUGUCUAAAGAGGAACAGCAUAUGAAUUUUAAAGUCAUUGUUGUGCGUUUGUGUUGUCUGUUUUCCAGCCCUCCUUGUAAAAGUGCCUUUGGCAGAGCACUUAUGACUCUCGUUUGCCCUGCCACAAAUGUGACCUUGUUUACUUGUUUAUAACCAAAGUAAAUCAAGAGUUUCCUUGUUUGGACCAUCUCUGUGAGAACCCACUCUUCCUUCAGGUCUGUCGGGGUUUUACUGGCGUUGAGCGUGAAGCUCCUCCAGCCUGUUGUUAUGGGUCUGUCAGAGAGACAUCUUUACUUUUCUUUCUUUUUUCUCUUGUCUUUAAUAAAGCUUCGCAAUGAGA